AUGGGGUCCCCGGGCAAUAGGGGAUCAUGGGGCCCCUGUGUCCUUGCCCAAACUAAAAAAAAGCCCAUGAAAAAGGUACAAGGGGUAUUUCAUGGGGCCCCCUAAUGACCCCGGGCCCUCGGGCAAGACAACUGCAGAUAUCUGUGCCAGUGAUACUAAAUGCUCCAGGCCAAGGGGCGGACUGACAACUCAUUGGGCCCCCAGGCAAUAGGGGAUCAUGGGGCCCCUGUGUCCUUGCCCAAACUCAAAAAUGCCUAUGAAAAAGGUACCAGGGGCAUCUCAUGGGGCCCCCUACUGACCCCCGGGCCCUCGGGAAGUGCCCGAGUUUCCAAAUGGUCAGUCUGCCCCUGUCCAGGCCUAAAGAGUUGUGUGGUUCUAGAAUAGUGCCUCUCC